AGAGAGAACUGGACAAUAAUUGGCUGGUGGUGGAACAAAUAAGGAGCAUGUCUCCGAUGACGAAAUCCUACACAUCAUUCCAAGUAAGUCCACUAAGAGAGCACUUGUCCAGUCGCGAGCAAGGCGCUAAGCUGUGAAGUGACUGUGAAGAAGAGAUGAAGGGGGUUGCAGCGGCCGUUUGGCUCGUCUGCUGCGUCGCGACGCUUGGAGACGGCGUUACUUUUGACACAACAACGACCAAACAACUGGAAGAAGUGAUCGAAAAGAAUGAUUUCAUCGUUUAUAUCAAUCACAUCAAACCCAAACGACGAAUUGUACAUAAUGCAGAGACGCUUUUUGCGGUUGAAUUUCCAGGAACCGAUCAGAAAUUUGAGCUUAAACUUGAUAGAAGCACGAAGCGAGUCAUUGUUGAAACUGUGGAGGAUGACCGUCGCCGAAUCCAGCAUUUCAAAGUUGACUCUCUUCAUGAGAAUAGCAUCAUCAAAUCGCUGAUUCUGGCCGUAAAUCAGACACAACCAGGAGCACAUGCCACGUUGUACAUAAACUGUGUUUCUUAUGGGAUGGUGGCCACCCCCAAGGCGAUGAAAGACAUGUAUGUGUCUAUGGUAGAGCCAAGAGUAGAAGUGCUCCAUGACAAAAAAUACCCCUUGUUCGUCGACGGCCACAAAGACCUCCGCAUGGUCCUCAGCAAAAACAACUGCCCCGUCCAACCGGAAGCAGACUACGACGACUCCUUCAGCUACCUCCGUGAUGACCCUUUCAUUGGCCCCCGUAAAGACCACCGCGCUGACAUCCCCAUCCUCGACGCUAUUGACACGAAUGCCCUCUUCGACGUCAUCAACAAACUAAUCAUCGCCGUCAACCGCCUCGACGAAGAAAUUGGUCAACACUCGCAAGUCAUCGACCAUUUACGCCACCUCAUUGAGGAAUGCGAAUUGUGCAAACGCCGACCCCCGGAGUACGUGCGCCCUACCUGCGCCACCCACAACCCGUGCGCUCCGGGCGUACGCUGCGAAGAGACCGCCACAGGUCUGAGGUGCGGCCAGUGUCCAUCAGGAUUCUUUGGAAAUGGGUAUCAGUGCAGGAGAGGACGCACGUGUAGAGAUCAGCCCUGCUUUAGAGGAGUGCAAUGUUAUGAAGACUCGGAGAGAGGGUACCGAUGUGGAAGCUGUCCGCAAGGAUAUGAGGGUAAUGGCGAAGUUUGCCAAAGACGGAAUCCUUGCCAGGAGAACCCCUGUGGGCCAGGAGUGAGAUGUUAUCCCAUCGAAGAAUAUCCCUUUUACCAUUGCGAAGGUUGUCCUCCAGGAUCCACCGGAAAUGGAACGAACUGUCAUGACCUGGACGAGUGCGACUUGGCUCAACCUUGUGACGAAAAUGUACGGUGUACAAACCUCUCGCCUGGCUAUAGGUGCGACCCUUGCCCUCCUGGGUUCACCGGAAGUCGCGGAAGCCAAGGAGUGGGCUUAGAGGAAGCCCGACGGAACAAGCAACGCUGUGAAGACAUCGAUGAGUGCCGCCAAGCAGCCCCUUGCGGGCAGAACGCCUACUGCGUCAACACUGUGGGUUCCUACGACUGUGUGGAGUGUGCCAACGGGCGAUACGACCCUAGCAUAGGAUCAUGUCUUGGGGAAAACUACUGUCCUGGCGGCAUCCAAUGCGAUGCAAACGCUAAAUGUGUCCAACACGGCCCGAAUUCCUACUCUUGCGAGUGUAAGACUGGAUGGGCAGGAAAUGGGUUAUAUUGUGGGCCUGACCAUGAUCUUGACGGAUGGUCAGAUCAGCGAUUACCUUGUCGUGACCCAAGAUGCAAGCUUGAUAAUUGUUUGGAUGUUCCAAAUUCUGGACAGGAAGACAGUGAUGGUGAUGGGGUAGGAGAUGCGUGUGACAAUGAUGCAGAUAAAGACAGGAUUCCCAACGAUAAGGAUAACUGUCCUUUUGUCCCUAAUUUCGAUCAGAAGGAUUCAGAUGGGGAUAGAGUCGGGGAUGCGUGUGAUAAUUGUCCUUAUGACUCGAAUCCGGAUCAGAAGGAUACGGAUCAUGACAGAAAGGGUGACCGUUGUGACGAUGAUAUUGAUAAUGACGGGAUAAGGAAUGAGAGGGAUAAUUGCCCAUUGAUUGCUAACAGGGAUCAAAGCGAUAGAGAUCAUGACGGUAUUGGGGAUGUUUGUGAUAAUUGUCCUCAUAACUAUAAUCCCAAACAAAAGGAUAGUGAUUUCGAUAACAUUGGAGAUGAGUGUGAUGUAGGCCCUGAUCAGGAUCAUGAUGGUAUCCCCGACCAAAUUGACAACUGUCCAACAGUUCCCAAUGGAAAUCAAUUGGAUACAGAUGGGGACAAUAUUGGAGAUGCCUGUGAUGACGAUAAAGAUAAUGACGGGCACAAGGACCAUCAAGAUAACUGUUAUCUAGUUUACAACCCAGAUCAACUCGAUUCUGAUGGCGACGGUCGCGGCGACGCCUGUCAAUGCGACACUGACAACGAUACUCGCUGCGACAAUGUCGACAACUGUCCCAACAACUCCCUCAUCUAUCAAACGGACUUUAGCAAAUACCAAACGGUGGCCCUUGACCCGGAAGGCUCUUCCCAAAUGGACCCAGUCUGGGAGAUCUACAACCAAGGAGCCGAAAUCACUCAGACCGUAAACAGCGACCCUGGUCUCGCCGUCGGCAACGACAAGUUCGACGGAGUUGACUUCGAAGGCACCUUUUACGUAGGCACCGAUGUCGACGACGAUUACGCCGGUUUUAUAUUCAGUUAUCAGAGCAAUAAACAAUUCUAUGUCGUGAUGUGGAAGCAAAACCAACAGACUUACUGGGACAGCAACCCUUUCCGUGCUGUUGGAGAAGCAGGUAUUCAGAUAAAACUAGUCGAUUCGCAGACCGGUCCUGGAAAAAUGCUUCGAAAUUCCUUAUGGCACACGGGAGAUACUCCAAAUCAAGUGAAAUUGUUGUGGAAGGAUGCAAGGAAUAUGGGAUGGCGACCGAAAACGUCGUACCGAUGGUACCUCAUCCACAGGCCCAGAAUUGGAUUAAUCCGAUUGCAGAUUUACGAAAAGGAUAAGAAAAUUACAGAUUCGGGGAAUAUUUUUGACAGGACUCUUCACGGUGGACGACUGGGAGUGUUCUGCUUCUCACAAGAAACGAUCGUUUGGUCUGACUUGGCCUACAGGUGUAACGAACGUUUGCCUGAAUCCAUGUGGAACGAAUUGCCCAACAAUCUGAGAGGGUCGAUCAACAAAGAUUUUAACAGAGCACAUCGCAUCUCUUCGGGAAAUCCGUUCUUACAAUAGUCAAAUUACUGGUGUUAACCACACUUUUUGUGUUCUUCUAGAUUGAAACUUUGCCAUUUUGUGUACUUACCAUGUUUUAAAUAACGUUAAUGUGUUGACAGUGUGAAUCUUUGACAAUAAAGUUAUAUAUUAACAAAAA